UCGAACAGUCGCAAACGGGAAGCAGAGGCGGCAGCGGAACCGCUGACGUACUGCGCGCCAGGACGCGGGGUGUUUUUUUUUUAUGGGAGGUUGGUCAUUUGAGCCUCUGCCAAGUGGAGGCCCACCGCCGGAAGAGGAAGACUUCAAGAACGAUCUGCGGAACAUGUCACGAGCGUGGCGUAACCGCGAAGGGAGUUGUCGACGCGACGAAGCGGUGGGAGCGUGAACUGACUUGCGCGGCGUGCGGGGCAGCUCUCUCGGAUGUGAACCUCUUUUAAAUAUAUAAAAUAAAGUCAGCAAGCAUCGAAGGACAAAACACACGCGCGUGAUGUGCGCGGAGUGCACGAGGCGUGGUUUCACGGCGCGCAAUGGGCAGUGCUAUCAGUGCACUGACACGUGCCAACAGGGACUGCCGAAGUCGGCGUUCUCGGAGUUUUUGCUGCUCUCUUCCCUGGGGUCGGCGGAUUUCAUGUAUGCCCGACGUGGUGGAGCCUGGAACCCUUCGCUGCGGUUCCGCCACAGCAGUCGUGUGCGUAUUACUUCUUUGGCUACGUUGCAUUGUGCCUCUAAUGUGCACGUAAACCUUUCUUCCAAUUGGGGAGACUACGAUGGCCCCGAGAUGCAAGGAUAAUCCUGGAACCCUUCGCUGCGGUUCCGCCACAGCAGUCGUGUGCGUAUUACUUCUUUGGCUACGUUGCAUUGUGCCUCUAAUGUGCACGUAAACCUUUCUUCCAAUUGGGGAGACUACGAUGGCCCCGAGAUGCAAGGAUAAUGCGGACAGGAGGAUGAGGCGG